AUGAGCACAGUCAAUGUAUCCACAAGCCCUCUGGUUGCGAGCAACCCUCGUGGAAUAGUAGUUAUUGAAGGUGCUACUAUAUCACUGAGCUUUGUUGUGAUAUUCGUCUGUCUACGAAUAUGGGGUCGAUAUCGUUAUAAAACCUCGCCUGGAUCGUCUGCACCAUCAUUUGGCGAACCACGAUUUUGGAUGAUGGUUUCUGACUUGGCGAUCCUCGCCUCAUCCGUGGUUGCCGUUGUUUUGACCGUCAUUGCUUGCGUUGGGGUGAAAUGGGGACUGGGGCUUCAUGCCAAGCUACUGAGAUCGACACAACUUGAGACGACACUUCAGAUGUUCUACCUCUACCAAAUAUUCUACAAAUUUGGAGCUGGCCUCUCAAAGAUUGCGACUUGUCUACUCCUGUUGGCCAUUUCAACUCCACAAAUGAAGAAUUUCAACAGGUGUUGCAGGAUAAUGAUUAUAUACAUUGCGGUAUACUCUAUCAGCUGCUCCAUUGUCACAGCUUUCCAAUGCGGAUACAAUUUCAAGAGUAAUUGGAUUCACGGGAACGACCAGAGCCAAUGUUUCUAUAAACCCCCUUUCUGGUUCAGUCAUGCCGGCUUGAACAUUUUCGCAAGUAUAGUGGUCGCAGGUCUACCUUGGUGGUUGUUUUCCUUUGUCACUUACAAGAGAAAAUACACUAUAGCCAUGAUCAUGACGUUAUUGGCUAUUUCUGAGAUUGUCCUCGGAUGCGUGCGUUUGGAUGGACUUUACACAUCUACUCACUCUCUCAAUGAUAUCUCCUAUGGUGCUACUACCGGUAUAUUAGUCUCCCAAUUGGAAGUUAAUUUCGGCAUAAUCUCAGCCUGCAUUCCUACUGUUUUGAAGAUCAUGGAAGAUAGCAUAAAGCCCUUCUUUGGCUUCAGCUUCGGGUCCACAACCACCGAAACGGGAGUGCAUUCCCAAUCUCGAUCUCGAAAUUUAGGAGCGAUGGGUAGCCACCUGCCGACGAUAGAUAAAUCGAAGCCUCGGUCCCAAUACGAACGAUUUGGUGAUGAUGACCUUGAAAUGGAUUCGAUAAAUUCGGGAAAUAGCAGGGAAAACAUCAUUCGUGAUGAUAAAGUCCUUGAUCUAAAUAUCAAGAUUGAGACAUUUUACACUGUGGAAAGAGAACUUGACACGAAACCCGAAAAUAAUGAACGGGCAGCCCAACACUACCCCAUGUCGAUCACCCUAGUCAAUACGGAGGUCACUGCAGAUUUCUGGGCAUCUGCUGCACCGGAAGCUCCACAAAUGUCAAUAUUUAAUCCUGGAUUGGAAAUAAUGGCUCAAGAACCAGCCGCCGAAGUGUCUCAAAUGGACGAAAAAGUCUCAGAGACCAGCCAUGGGCUAGCGGUUUCUAGUCCGUCCCGAUUCGACCGAAAACUUGUUUUGAAAAUCGAUUUUUACCUUCUCACCCCCCUGCUCCUCCUAAACUUCCUGUCUCUCAUGGGCCGAACGAAUAUUGGUGCCGCCAUGGUACAGGGCCUACCGAAAGACUUGAAGCUGGACGCGAUGAAAGUCUUCCUCGCAAUCACCAUUCCCUUGGUACCGCUGAUCUUAUUUGAGGUCCCCAGCAAUCUUCUCAUGCGCUUCCUCGAAAGGAAAUAUAGCUUCUCAUAUAUGAGAUAUAUGUCUAUUAUAACUGCUCUUCUAGGUCUGGUCACUUUGGGCCAAGGCUUUGAUAAAAGCUAUUCCGCACUCUUGGCAACUCGAUUUUUGGUAGGAAUAUUUGACUCUGGACUCAUUCCCGGAUGUAUUUUCGUUUGUGCUUUGUACUACCCAGCAGUACAUUUGCAAUGGAGAGUAAGCAUGGUUAUGGUUGCAAAUAUUGCUUCGAAUAUUGUGGGGAACAUUCUUGCCUUUGGUAUUGCUCACAUCAAAAGUUCAAACGGGUACCAUGGUUGGCGAUGGAUAUUUAUCGUCGAAGGAUGUCUUACCAUGGCGAUUAGCUUUGCAUGCUUCUUUUGCAACAUUAGCAGGCCCGAAACAGCAUCAUUCCUCAGCGACGAGCAGAAGGAGAUCAUCGCCACCGAAGUUGAAGCCCGCACAACAACAGUCGGGAUUGCCGCCGAAUGGAAGAUCUUUUUGAGCAACGGUCUUAACUAUAUAUGGGCUGCAUGCUACGUCCUCACCUGUUCCACAACUUACUCAGUCGCCAUUUUCUCCCCGUCUUUUGUGCAGGCUUUCCAUCCACACUACACUACACCACAAGUCCAAGGCCAAGUAGUCCCUAUCUUUAUCGUAUCCGGCAUAGUCUGUCUCUUGGCUGCAUGGGCAGCUGAUCGAAUCAACCACCGCGCCGGUUUUGCCAUUGCAGGUUAUCUCGUUACAGCUAUUGGAUUCAUCAUUCUCCGACAACCAAAGAUCCUCGCGCCACGCAUCUCCAUGCUUGGACUCUACUUCGUCAGCAUGGGUACCUUCACAUCAUUACCUCUUCUCUAUAGUUUACCGAUGAUCAACUCAGCUACUCCGUUUCAGAGAGCUAUCGGAGCAGGAUUCGUGAUCGGUAUUGGAAAUGUCGGUGGAUUUGUCUCCGCGUGGCUCUUUAGAACAAGCGAGGCUCCGCAUUACAGAAAUGGAAUGACUACCUCCCUCAUCAUGACUUUAGUGGCCCUUGGUUUGAUGGCUUUUGCUUGGGUAUACAUCACCAAUGCCAACAAGAGAUCGGACAAGAAUGCCACAACGACGGAUACGGGGUCCGCUAUUGAUUCCAAGGAUAGUCCUGUAGUACGAAGAUAUAGAGCUUAA